GCCCACUCUCCUUUUUUAUUACAAAUUUAUUUCAUCUCUCUCCCUCUCUCUCUCUCUACUUUCUCUCUCUACUUUCUCUCUCUUCAACAACGAAGAGGGAAAAAAUUAAACAAAGAACACACAACAAAUUCUUUGUUGCUUUGAAAUAAUUCUGCCCUUCAACCUUUCUUUUCACAUUCUUUUUUUUUUUUUUCCAUCACUUUCUCCACAAAAGAGGAACCCAUCCCCUGUUUCUUUUUCCCUGGAAAAUCUGAGAUCGGAGGUGGGGGAAGGAAGGAAAAAAACAGAGGACUCUGUUUUUUUUUUUUGUGUGUGUGUGUUUGUGUAAUGCUGGAAUUAGUGGGUGGCGGGGAAACUGGGUGUUUGAGGCCGUUGGGUGGCAGAUCCGGCGGCCGGGGAUCUGACAUUUUUGGAUUUAAUUUGUAAAUCGUGAAAACACCCAGAAGGGAGGAGGAGGAGAAGAAAGAGGGAGGGAAGGAUGCUGAGAAGUAAGAUUAGUAAAGGGGCACCGGCGGCGGCGGCGGCGGCGGCGGCGGGGGGAUAAACGGAGAAUCGAGGGGGAUGGAGUGGGAAAUGAGACCGGGUGGAAUGUUGGUCCAAAAGAGAACCGAGUCGGAGAAAAACUCGGUUUCGGCUCCGAAUGUACGAGUCCGAGUCAAGUACGGUUCGGUGUACCAUGAAAUCUCCAUUAGCUCUCAAGCUACUUUCGGGGAAUUGAAGAAAAUGUUGGUGGGGGCAACAGGAUUGCACCAAGAAGACCAAAAAUUGAUAUACAAAGAGAAAGAGAGGGAUUCAAAAGCAUUUCUAGAUGUGUGUGGAGUUAAGGACCGUUCUAAAAUAUUACUUCAAGAAGACCCAAUUAGUCAAGAGAAAAGACUUGUUGAGUUGAGAAAAAAUGCCAAAUUAGAGAAGGCUUCUAAAUCCAUUUCCCAAAUCAGCUUGGAGGUUGACAGACUUGCUGGUCAGGUUUCAGCAUUGGAGUCAGUAAUUGGAAAAGGUGGGAAAGUUGCUGAGAAAACAGUGUUGAAUUUGAUUGAGAUGCUUAUGGAUCAAUUGCUUAAAUUGGAUGGAAUUAUGGGAGAUGGAGAUGUCAAAUUACAAAGGAAAAUGCAGGUAAGAAGAGUCCAAAAGUAUGUUGAAACUUUAGACAUAUUGAAGAUCAAAAACGAAAACCAAACCCCAACCCAAGUUCAGCAGAGGAGUUCAAAUGGUUUGAAUAAUCAAGCCCAACCCCAAGAGAAGGCCAAUGGAGUACAUCAAUCGCAACCGUCGAUGGGGGAUUCGUCAUUGGUGCCCGAAAGGAAAUCGACAUCGGAGACAGUUGUUACUACGAGAUGGGAGAUAUUUGACGCGAUGCCACCAUUGGUGCCAACCUCAUCUUCAAAUGCAGUCCCUGCAGCAGCAGCCAACAACAACAACAACCACCAUGUUCAGCCCAAGUUCAAUUGGGAAUUUUUUGAUUGAAAAAUUUUCAAAAGAAUUUUAUUGUGUAUUAUUGUCUGAUGUGUGAUUGAGGUUUGUUACUUCUCUCUCUGUUGGUUUGAUUUUUCUCUUCUAUUCUUUUGUGUACUUAUUAAUUUUGGUAAUUAGGACAAUACCCUUUGUCAUUAAGUUCAAUAAAUGGGUUUCUCUCUAUACACAUUUAUCAAUCCAACAAUAUGGUUUGCUAUUCUCAA